AGGGGCGUCAACAAAAUAAUUUCAUCAUCGUCAUCGCUGACGAAAACGCUGAUGUGAGAUAAAUUAAAAUCGGCUGUUAAGAGUUCUGGUCACACCUGAGCCUGUCUGAUGAUGGAGGUGGAUAAAAAGCAAGAGCUCUGUUUCCCAGAGCUUCUCAACACCUCCUGCAUGAAGCCAACACUCCACUGGUCUGAAGCUGUGCUCCUCAACACGGUGCUGUCCUUGGUCUCUCUGAUCACUGCUGCUCUAAACCUUUGUAUCAUCAUCUCGGUCUCCCAUUUCAGGAAGCUCCACACACCCACUAACGUCCUCCUCCUCUCUCUGGCUGUCUCAGACUUUCUUGUGGGUCUCCUGCUGAUGCCGUUAGAAAUAUAUAAAAAGAUCACCUGUUGGGGGAAGAUAAUGUGUUUAUUCUACGGUUAUCUUAUUGCCCACAUUGUUUCUGCUUCAAUCGGAAACAUUGUGCUCAUUUCUGUGGACCGGUAUGUGUCUAUUUGUCACCCGCUUUACUACCUGAACAGAGUCACUCUGGCCAGAGUCAAAAGCUGUGUGGGUGCGUGCUGGAUAUGCGCCGGUGUCUACAGGGUCUGUUAUCUGAAGGAUGAGUUUAUCCAACCAGGCAGAAGCAGCUCCUGCGUAGGAGAGUGUGCCUUUGUCAUGGACGUGGUUGCAGGAACUGUGGAUCUCAUUUUGAACUUCGUAGCUCCAGUGACAGUCAUCGUAUUUCUGUACAUGAGAGUAUUUGCGGUGGCUGUUUCUCAGGCUCGGGCCAUGCGCUCUCAGAUUACAGCGGUCGCACGCCAUCAGGCAGUUAAUCCAGAAACAAAGAAGUCAGAAUUAAAAGCAGCCAGGACUCUGGGUGUCCUCGUUGUUGUAUAUCUGUUAUGCUUUUGCCCUUUUUAUUGUUAUUCUCUUAUUGACGUUCAUUUCACCAGCAAAUCUCCUUCUUCCUUUUUUGUUUUUCUUUUUUACUUUAACUCCUGUUUAAACCCUCUAAUUUAUGCCCUGUUUUACCCCUGGUUCAGAAAAUCUGUAAAACUUAUUGUCACUUUAGAGAUCCUGCAGCCUGGCUCGUGUGAAGCCAACUUACUGUAGAGAUCCCUGGAUGAGUCUGUGUUCUGCAGAAAAAAUAACCAGGAAAUGUUUAUUUUAUCUGUUUAAUGCAUUUGUUCGGUAAACAGCUUUCCACCUGUGCUUGUUCAAUUUACUGAGGAAUUCUUCUCGUGUCCUAAAGAAGUAUUUAUUUUAACAGAAAAGAAUAAAAUAGAUUAGAGAAGCAUAUAAAAUCUCUUUAUUGUCCUAAGUGGAGAGAUGUUGGUGUCACAACUGAUUUCCCAAAUAAAUAAAGAAUAAAAGGAUGUACACUACAUAUGUAAAAACAAAUGUGCGAGAAAUCCUUUAAAUGUUCAGUAGAAUUGACCACAUUUAAAAAAAAACUACAUUACUGUAAAACAAGACUAGGAGGAAACAUGUGGGGACCAUUUUUAAAGUCUUGGUUGACCUGGGCAGCUAACUUCAUAAACUUCCUCAUCUCUGCAACGGUGGUUCUUCCUCAU